AUAAUUAAAAGUCACUUUCCCAACAAGAAAAAAAACGCACACACAAAAUUUCUGCACUGAAAAGAACCUGCUUACAAGUAAAAAAAAAUAUAUCCAUCGGGAGCUAAAACUUAAACUGCUCCCCGUAAUCGAUAACACUUCUUCAACUCUAUCACCCCAUAUUAUCGCAGCAUUUAUUUUCCAUCAGGAUCAGGUUUUUCCAGCAUUGGCAUUGGUCGUAACUCCGUGAGUUGACCGUGCGUUUGCGUGCGUGCGUGUGUGUGUGUGUGUGUAGGAAAAUCGUAACACAAACAUGAUCCGGAUGCGGUCGGAUGACUCCCAUUGGAGUUGAAUCAUCAUCACGAACAAACAACGGGUAAAUUCACCCUUCUUCGUUCCACACGUAAACCAGUCGGAGUUCCUUGGUGUGCCCUUUCCCGUGGACGAUCGUGCUUCCUUGUGUGUGAGUGUGUGUGUGUGUGUUUGUACGUGAUUGUAGGGCAACAACAAACGGCACUAGUUGGCUCCUGAUAGCGAAGUUGCAGUAACAACAACAACGCCCCCCACCCUGCCAGCAAAGGUCACCAGAAUGGCUUCCACGAUGCAGCUGGAGUUUUCGCAGGCCAUGUCCGACUUCAAGAACAUGUUCCCGGACAUGGACCGGGACGUGAUCGAGGCGGUGCUGCGCGCGAACCAGGGAGCAGUCGAUGCCACCAUCGACCAGCUGCUAGCCAUGAGCACGGACAAUCAGAACGAAAAGCUGCGUCACGAGCUGGAAACGGACGGCAGCGUUGGACCACGGGCGGCCAUAAAUCAGGCCACCGCUGCCGCUGCCGCCGCCACCGAGCGUCCCCUUCUCGACUUGUCCAGCGACGAGCCGAGCGCCGGCUCGGACCGGUUUCUCUCCACCUCGCCGAAUGCGGCGGCCGCCAGCUCGAUCGUUGCGCAACAGCUGGGCGCUUCGCCAAAAGUACGCAAAGCGCCGGCGGGCGGUAGCGCGACCGCAAGCGCUACCAACAGUCCCCGGGCGCAGCAGCAGGCGCGAGGCGAAGCGGGCCAUCCACCGACCCCGGCCACCAUGAACCGGCGCUGGAACCCGCCGCUGGUGGGUCCGCUGCCGCCCACCUUUCUGCGGCUCGGCGGGACGGCCGCCGUCGGUACGAUCGGGCCGGACGGCCAGUACCGCAGCGCGGCCGAGUUCGACAUGGGCGACGAGCAGUUCGCGAUGAUGCUGCAGAACGAGGAGUUUAUGGCGGAGCUGCGCUGGAACCAGGAGUUUCUGUCCGCGCUCGAGAAGGACCACCAGGGCAAGGUGCAGGACGAUGCCGCGUUCAAGGAGCGGUUGCGCCACAUGGGCAAGGUGUCGCGCAAGAAGUUCGCCCAGCUGGCGCGCGUCUUCACGUGGCAGCGGGGCGGCAACAAGAAGGCUAGUGCGGUGCGGCAUCCCGACUCGCUGCUGCUGCAGGAGGAGCACAGUGACGACGAGGCGGCCGAACCGAAGCGGGUCGCGUCGGGUAAGAAGUAGACCCCAGGGCUGUUGGACGCACGCACGCAAGUAGGUUUAGGGCGCAAGUGAAUCUCCAGCAAAAGGUUUGUGCGCGGCUGCAGGAAGCGUGUCGCAACCGUUAGCAAUCGAUUUUAGAGUUUUUUAAAUUAUUAAUUCUUACCCUGUAGUGUACACACGCUCCUUCGCACACACACACGGGUAGCGCGUACUGAUACUUCUCCGUACUAGGCAAUUGAAGAGACUGUGUGUGUUUUUUCCUUCCCGUUUUCCCACUUUCUCUCCCUCUCUCUCUAUCUAUCUCUUGUCUGCAUUUCCAUAUCGCUCCCUUUGCCCGCUCGAUAAGAAAACACACACGCGGAAGGGUGAACAUGUUCUUCUAUACACUGCAAAAUGGGUUGUACUCACCUUUCUCCUUUACUGGGUCGCCCACCACGUAGCACGCUGGAGGUGGGGCAAGAGAUUAGGGCGGGAACAGAAUAUGAGACUGGAAAAGCAUUUUUGUCAGCAACGUGAGAAAAGUGUGAUACGAAUGAUGUGCAGUGGAGAGCUGGUUGUUCAAUCGUGAUCGGUUUAAUCUCUUUCGUCCUUUCUUCUAGGACAACAUUUCCUUCUUCUCCUUCUUUAUUUCUGUUUUAAAUGUUCUAAAAAAUGUUUUUUUAUUUAUUUAUUUGUACAUAGUCAAAGAGUUUAUUUAUAAGCUUUGUUAUGUUUGUUUUUUGUUUGUUUGCCAUUACGAGACUUUAAGCCAGUAGCAAAAUGGCCUCCUCCUUCUCCUAUUCUGCCUAGCUGGCGUCAAACAAUCUAAGUUGCAAUCGGGUGUUAUCAAAGAAAAUGAAAACGACCCCCCCUUCCCCCCCAAAAAAGGUGUAAGAAAAGUAUAUAUAUUAAUUUAAUUAGUACUACUGCUAAGUGCUUAACCGUGCGUCGGCUGCCAUCGAUGUUGUUUAACAGAAGAAAGUUCAUUUUCAAUUUUGUUCCGUUUUAGAAGUUCUUUUUCCCCCCAGAAUCGUGAAGAAAAUGCUUCAAAGAGGUUGAGUUAACACACCAUCGUAUAGUAAGAAAAGAAGAAGAAAACUAAAGCAAACAACAACAAAAAAGGAAGAAACAAAAAAACGGAAACAUUUACAUGCAUAUUUAAAAUCAAAUAUAUAUACACAAACAAAACAAGCAAGCAAGCAUAUAUACAUAGAUGGAAGCAAUUAGGGUAAGAAGGGGCGGACAACAAAUAAGCAGGAUAAGAAGAAGAAGAGGAAGAAGAAGAAAACUUGUGAAUGCAACCAUGGUACUAGUCAUAGAGCUACGAACGCGCGUAGAGAUAAGGGCGAAAGCCACCCACUUUGGCUACCCCACAACCACCACCAAAACGAAACAAACACACACAUUUCACCGCAAACGAUAGUGCAAAACAAAAAAAGAAAAGAAAAAAUAACCGUUUAAAAAACCAAAAAUCCUAACAAGCCGAAUAUGAUACUAAACCCCGGAGGAAGUUAAGAGUAGUUAAGCUUUUAGGUUUUGUCCAUUGUUGCGUGUGACUGUUCGGUUCGGCAUUUUGCAUAUAUGUGUGUGUGUAUGUGUACCUCCCCCCCAUAUAAAUGCGUAGUGUAAUGGAACAAAGGGGAAGUGUAGUUCCAAAGCACGCAAGCAAUCUCAAUGAUAGAAUCUAAUCCAGCAAGGGACAAUUACUAAUGUAAUUUCACGUUCACUCGCAACUCGAUACCAAAUAAUCUUAUUUUUGCUGUGUGCUGUAACGCUUAUGUUUAAGGAUUAUUGUAUGGUAGGGAUUUAGAUUAUGCUAGAUAAGUGCCAUUGGUUUCUGCUUGGGGACGGUUCAAUUAUGUUUAUUUUUCCUUUCAUUAAUAUAUUCCUCAAACUUAUCACAUUCAAACCAAACCAACGCUCGCGAAGGGCUUCAACUAUAUUAAACCUGUCGGAAGAAUCUGGUUAGAAAAUUAAAAACCUAUAAGCAAACCAUAGUGUAAUAGCAGCGCAUACUAAACAGAAGAAGAUACAGUAAAUAGACCUCACUCUAAUAGGAUUGUCUUCUAAAAGCCAAUCCUGUUGGCCGUGUUGGAACGACAGAGAAGUGAGUGAGAAUUUCCCUCAUAAAAAAAGUUAUUACUAUCCCACACACAAACACAAAAAAGCGAAAAUGGAUGAAUCUCGUGCAAAUAAUCCAAAUGAAAAGCAAGCUUGAAGCGAGAGCUGCAUUGCAGAAGUUAACCGCAGGGAGAAAAGGGAGUCGAAAAAAGGGGAAGAGGUGAGUAAAAUAAAAGGGGGAAAAUGGAAAACAAA